AUGUCGUCUCCACCACCGCCAGCGCCUGUUCUGGAAGACGACCCGAUGCGCGGGGACGAGGAGGAGCAGGAGGACGAGGGCGAGGGCGACCGCGCGUCUGACGACAGCUCGGAGGAAGCCGAGGAGGACGAGGAGGAGGAGAAGCGCGUCAGGGAGGGAUUUAUCGUCGACGAGGACGAGGACGAAGAGGAGGAGGAGGAGGACAGGCCAAAGAAGAAGAAGCGCAAGCAUCGCAAACACCGGCACCGGCACCAUGACGAAGACGCGGAGGGGGAGCUCGAGGACGACGACCUGGAUUUGAUGGAGGAAAAUACGGGCGAACAGUUCAAACGCAGCAAGCUCAAGCGUCUCCGUCGCGGCCGCGAGUCGGACUCUCCACCCGCCGCUUCAUCCUCAAAGCGCCGCAACGCCGUACUCUCCGACGACGACCUCGACGCCGAGGAUCUCGAACUCCCGUCACGUGGUGGUAUUCAGGAUAUCUGGGCCGAAGACGAGGAUGAGGACGACUUCAUCGACUAUGACGAGGAGGAAGAGGGCGCGGGUGGGAUGGACGAGGCGGAGAGGGAACAGCUGAGGAGAGAGAAGCGCAGGCAGGAGAAGGAGCGGCGCCAGGCUAUGCGUUCACGUCCAGAGCUCUCUGGCAUCGAUCCUGCUGCCUGGGACGAGAUCUUUGAGGUCUUUGGGGAUGGCCACGACUAUGACUGGGCACUUGAGGGUGAAGAUGAUGAUGAAUACCAGGAAGCAGCGGCCGGCAAGGAGAUGAACUAUCAGGACGUCUUCGAACCCUCUGAAAUUCGUGCUCGCCACCUCACUGAGGACGACGACAUCAUCCGGGCCCAAGAUGUUCCCGAACGCAUGCAAUUGGCCACCUCCACACUAUCCAAAGACGCCUCUCUGUCUGUCCAACACCCCAUGAGCGAAGAGAUGCUCGACGACGCGGCAAUGUGGUGCCUCAUGCGCCUCAACAAACGGAAAGAACGCGAGUUCUUCCGUCCAGACGGACAAUACCACGCCUACCUCGGCGACCUCGUUUCAGCCAUCACCGACGUCCUCCGCUUCAUCUUCGUGAGCUUAUACGAGGUCCCUUACAUCUGGACGCACAAGCGGGAUAGCAUCAUCUCCAUCAAGCCUGAGAUCGCACGGCAGAGUGUGAAUCUGCUGAACCAGGAGGAGUUGUGGCGCAUUCAGAUGCUCGGUCAGAAGUAUCUGAGUUUGAAGGAACGGAGACAGGCGCUUGUGACGAAGUAUCAGGCGCUGGGCGUCAACGACGAGUACUUCGAGACGAACAUCCAGGAGAAGCUGGACUCGGUCGAAACGGUUGCUGAUGCGACGGAGUGGUUGGCCAUGAAGUACAAGGCGAGCAAGGGCAAGGCAAGCAAGGUGGCAAAUGAACUGAGGUUCCACGACGAUGACGAGCCCAUGGCGGAGGCUGCGCCUGUGAAGGAGAAGCGCAAGCUCCCGAACAGGACCUCGGACUAUGAUGUAGCCAAGCAAAGCAUCGUGGCCAAGCUCGCUGAGGGCUUCGGCGCUAAAGCAGAAGAGAUCGCCAUCAACUUCAUCUCGGCUUCGCGCGUCAACUGGCCCACAGACCCCGACAUCAAGCCUCUGGCUCUUGCGGACCAGUACGUGGACCCCGACCCGGCCAAGGCUCAGAGUCCCACGGACUUGCUCAAGCGUGCUCGCAUGAUUAUGGCGACUGAGCUCGGCAAGGAUCCUAUUUUGCGCCAUGAGAUUCGCCAGGUGUUCAAGAACCGCGCUACAAUCUCUAUUGCGCCUACCGAGCGCGGUGUCAACAAGAUCGACGACAACCACCCCUACUAUGCGUUCAAGUAUCUGUACCGCAAGCCCGUGAUCGAGAUGCUGGAGUCGCCCGACUUCCUGCACAUCUUAGCAGCCGAGAAGGAGCUCCUCGUCUCGGUCACAUUUGCACUUCCGGACGAAAUCAAGGGCGAGUUCGAGAAGAAGCUGAGCGACGCUAUGGUCGCGGACUCUUUCACGGACGUCAGCAACUUGUGGAACGACGAGCGGCGUCGUGUAGUGGUCGAGGCCCUUGACCAGCACUUGCUGCCGGCUGGUGCCAAGCACGCGAGGGAAUGGCUGAGGGAGGAGGUCGAGGACUACAUGGCAUGGCGCUGUGCCAGCGCUCUUCGCGAGCGCGUCGAUGUAGCGCCCCUGGCUAUUCCCUCGCUCGAACCUGGCCAAAUCCCGAAUGUUGUCGCGAUGUCCUGGGGCAAGGGUGACCCUCAGAAGGAUGCCAUCACCAUCGUCUUCACCGACGAAAUGGGUCGUCUGCGUGAACAUACCAAGAUCGACAACUUGAACGACGCCGACUUCCGGGAAGAGUUCAAGGACUUGCUCAUCCGCCGCAAACCGGACUGUAUCAUCAUUGGCGGUUUCUCCGUCGCUACGCUCAAACUCUCCCUGCGCGUCAAGGAGUUGUUGCAGGGCACGAGCGAGCAAGCUGAGGGUCAAGGCUCGUCGAGCAAGGAGCAGGAGGAUCUUAGCACUAUCCCGGUGUUCUACGGCCAGGACGAGGUCGCCAGGAUAUUCCAGCACUCCAAACGCGCGGACGAGGAGUUCACGGGCGUAUCGGCCAUCGCGAAGUACUGUAUCGGUCUCGCGCGAUACGUUCAGAGCCCAUUGAACGAGUACGCGGCGCUGGCGAGCGAUAUCACGGCCAUCACCUUCGAGGAGGACCAUCAGCCUCUUAUCCCGAAGGAGAAGUUGCUGUACGCGCUUGAGCAUGUGCUUGUGGACGUCGUCAACAAGGUCGGAGUGGACAUCAAUCGCUGUGUGACGGACUCGUACUAUGCGGGACUGUUGCCGUUCGUGGCUGGCUUGGGACCGAGGAAGGCGGACGCGUUGAUCAAGAAGAUCGCACAGCUCGGUGGUACAUUAUCGAACCGCGAGCAGUUCGUCAAGGCAGGGUUGAUGACGACCAACAUCUUCCUCAAUUCCGCCGCCUUCCUCCGCAUUCCUCAGGACGGUGGCUCACGAUCGUCCAAACACCGGAAUCACGAUGACAUGGACACGCAAGACCCGCUCGACGACACGCGUAUCCACCCGGAGGACUACGACCUUGCGCGGAAGAUGGCGACCGAUGCGCUCGACAAGGACGAGGAAGACUUCCAGGGCGAGCAUGCUUCGCAGCCGGUGACUGAGCUCUCGAAGGAACGCGACGUCACAAGGAAGCUCGACGAGCUCAACUUGGACGAGUUCGCUCUGAACUUGCUUGAGUCGAGUGGGGAGCGCAAGCGGCACAUGCUCAGCAUCAUUCGCUCGGAGCUUAUCGCGCCGUUCAGCGAGACACGCCCACCGUUACAGCCGCCAGGGGACUGGGACGUCAUCACGAUGCUUACUGGCGAGACGCCGCGGACACUCAAGAACGGUGUUAUCGUCUCUGUACUCGUUCAGCGUAUCAGGCCGAACUUCAUCAACGUGCGCAUGGACUCUGGGAUCGAGGCCGUCAUCAACACGGUGUACUUGACGGAUAACGCCGCGGCACCUGUGAACGUCGACUCGAUUGUCAAGAAGGGUCAGACGAUGCCGGGUGUGAUCAUUCAAGUCCGUCCUGAGCUCAGUCAGGACCAGAUCUUCGUCGAGCUCUCCGCGCGUCCGGGCGAUAUCGCCGCUGGAGACAGCCAGUUCAGGCGCGUCAAGGCGGACGAGAAGUACUGGAACCAUUCGCAGGCGGAGCGCGAUCAGGAGAUCUUGGCGAGGAAGAAGAGGGCGGACAAGGAUAAGACGAGGAGACUGGUUAAGCACCCGCAUUUCCAUAAUUUCAAUUCGGCGCAGGCGGAGCAGUACCUUGCUAAGCAGCAGCGCGGGGAUGUGGUCAUUCGGCCGUCGUCGAAGGGCUUCAACCAUCUGGCUGUCACUUGGAAGGUCGACGACAAGCUCUACCAGCACAUCGAUGUCUACGAGCCCAAUGCGGACCCCUCUGGUCAGAGUACAGGUGGCCCGCUGAUCGUCGAUGGAAAGUACGAGUUCUCCGACCUGGACGAGUUGAUCGUCAACCACGUUUCCGCCCUCACGCGCCGCGUCGAAGAGCUUAUGGCGUACGAGAAGUUCAAGCCUGGUCCCGAGGACGAACUUCACUUGUUCCUCAAGAAUUUCGUCGCCGCUCACCCCAACAAGAGCAUGUACGGGUUUACGCUUAACCGAAAGCGACCUGGCCACUUCAACCUCUGCUUCCUAACGAACAAAAAUUCGACCGUCCAGACCUGGCCUGUGCGCGUCGCGCCAGAAGCGUACUUCCUCUUCGAUACCGCCGCGACUGGUGUCUCCGAGCUCUGCGACGCGUUCAAGCUCCGGCAGAUCCAUGCCGAGUCCAACACGGCAGGAGCAAGCGCGAAGACGCCUUACGGCGGCCGCACGCCCGCGCGCACACCUGCAGUUGGCGGUGCCACGCCUGGUCACAUGUCUGUCAGGCAGGUCGGCCGUACGCCGAAUCCGUAUGGCGCGGCCGGGGGCGCGACGCCGAGGAAUGUGCCCGCGAACCAGUUCGCGCCGUUCCCUCCGCCACCCGGUAUGAUGCCGCCUCCUGGUAUGAUGCCUCCUCCUGGUAUGGGUGGAAUGCCGCCCCCGCCAGGAGGGAUGAUGCCGCCGCCUGUCCCGCCUGGCAUGAAUCCACAGCGGGCAGCCCAUAUUCACCAAUUCGGCGGCGCACCGAGUGGUUGGUGA